CACAGCCUGGUCAUACUGGCGACCAAAGUAGUUUGUUUUUGCCAAAAAAAAACUCAGGUCUGCUCUACUCCGCGAUAUUUGUUUGCCCAGCUGGUCUUUGUUGUUGACGGAAAUUGAUUGGUUGUGUAAAUUCGAAAGUGCACGAAAUCGCGAGCGCAUAACGGUACAUGUAUACACACACAAGCAGCACACGCACACACAUGGAGGCAGUGCUUUUUGUUUGAUGUCCCAUUUGGCGGAUUAAAGACAAAGAGAGAGAGACAGAGAAACGGAGGAGGAGGACGAGGACGCGAUGACCACAAGGGAGAAUGUGGUUUCUAGUCGCCUGUCCAAGCUGAUGCUCAGCAGCGGGAGUGGAAAUGGCAGUGGCAAUGGAAGUGGUCCCAACAUCCAGGUGGCUCCAUCCUCCACCCUGGUGCAAUCUCCCACCUCGCCCGGGGAGCAGUCCCAAUCUCAGUCCGAGCUGAACCAACUGAAGCGGGAUGCGGAUCCGCAGUUCUCGCGCUUCGCCGACUACUUUGUGAUAUGUGGACUGGAUCUGGACACGGGUCUCGAACCGGAUCGCUUUGCGGGGGACAACCUACAUUGCUCGCCGCUGGAUCGCGCCUACAAGAGCAAGCCUUUGGCCCAUUAUCCCGAGAACGUGCCCUGGAAUCCCUUCGAUGCCCACGGCAUAUGCAUGCUCUCACUACCGCAGGGCCUGCGCUUCCGCACCCAGAAACAUUGCAUCGAACCCCGUUUCCACUCGUUUGCCACGACACGAGAAGAUGGAAAGCGGUGCUAUGGGUUCAGUCUGGUGUUCUACGAGGAAAUUCGGAAUCGAAACAUUUGCGGGGCCAUUCACACGCUACAGAGCAUGUUCAUCACAGAGCUCUCGAAUGGCCAGCAGACGCAUUCCCUCAGUCGGGUGAAACAGGAUGGUCCGGUCAGCCGGUCACUGCCAAGGCACUUUAAGGUGGCCGGACAGGCGCCGCAGUCUGCACAAAGUUACUACGACAUCAACAAGGACAAGUUGUACGUGGCAAAGAGCAUCACGCUGAUAUGUCAGGCUCCGUACGCCUUUGCCGCUCAGAUGUUUCUUAAGAAUCUGUAUAGAUGUCUUCCUCGACAGCCUGGUGCUGGUAUCAGCUUGGAGUCCUACGUAUACAACAUACUCUACGAGGUUAUGCUACCGCAACCGGGCAAGUCCAUUCGGGUUUACCUGCCUCCCACAGAGCCACAUCUGCCACCCAUUGCUUUGAUUCUUCAGCGUCCGCUUCUUGCUACCGAGUUGCCUCUGCUCGACUUUCCGCUCAGGCUGCUUUUCAAGUACCUGGGUGUGGAGUGUGUCAUACAGCUGCUGACGUGCGUGCUCUUAGAGAAUCAGGUCCUGCUCCGGUCCACAGACUAUCAAAGACUUAUGAUCGUUGGUGAGUGCAUUACCUCGCUGCUGUUUCCGUUCGUAUGGCCGCACGUGUACGCUCCCAUUUUGCCGGCCGCCCUGCACCACUUUCUGGACGCACCAGUGCCCUUUGUGAUGGGAUUACAUGCUGAGUGCGAAGCGGCUCACAAGAUCGGCAGCGAAGCAACCCUUUGCUUCGUGGACAUUGACAAGAAGCACAUCCAGCUGCCCGAGGAGCUUCCAGUCUUUCCUCACAAGGUGGAUUUUAUGGCCGAGAUUGGUUCGGUGCUGGACAAGUUUGAGAUCGAGCGAGACCGCGACCAGGAGCCUAGUUUCCGAAACGGCUAUGUGGGCAGAGGAGCCGGAGGAGGAGUUUCUGGAUCUGGAAGUAGCGGGUCAGGUGGCGUCGAUGCCAUGAUCUCCAGCUGCACCCUGCCCACCGGGUUACAGGCAGCACGGCGAAGCAAGGAGCGCUUUCAGCAGAUGCAGGAGACCGUCUAUACUCUGUCGGGAUCGCCGGGUGGUGGCGUCGUGGAUUACCAACCGCUCAUAGCGCAUCCAUCGCGAAUCGAUCAUGUGCCACGGAUCGCGGACUUUCUGCGUAGGAAGGGAGGUAUCAGGGGAGCUGGCUCUCCGGUGGGAAGUCCCACCGUUUCGCUCUCUUCCUCGCCGGUUGGCAUCUACCACGACGUAGACGCAGUGGACGCCACCAUGCCAGUCAGCACUCGUCGCGCAGAGAAACAAAAACUGAGCCCUGUGGAUCAGUACUACCAGGAUCUGCGCAUCAACAACUCGGUGCGGGAGAUCUUUCUCAACCGAUUCGUGCACAUGUUCCAUGCCUACGAGUACUUUGUGAUCUACCCAAAUCAGGCUCGGGACGAAUGGAUCUCAAACCGUGAGACUCUGCAGAACUUCGACAAAUCCUCGUUUCUGUCCGACCAGCCGGAGCACCAUCGCGCGUUUCUUUCGCGCUUCCUUGAAUCUCAGAUGUUUGCCACCCUAAUCGACAACAAGAUCCUGGCUAUGUGGGAGUCGCAGCCCGAUGAACAGCUCCAGCUGUUUGAUCAGCGCGUGAAAUUGCUGAGGCGACGACACGGGGAAAACAUGAUUGCCGCCACCAGCUACGAGCCGUGCGUGCUCAGCCAGGACUCGCAGCAGGGCUUCGAGAAGCGGCUCAACUGCAUCGACAUCGAGGUGACGCCUCCCAGCGAAAUUCUGGCCAACCGAGCGGCCUACUUCCGCAGCUUUCCGCUGCUCGAGAAGGGCGUGCUCAACCAGGAGUGCGCCUCGAGCUCACCGCCUGCUCCACCUCCACCCGGUCACCCAUCCACCCCAUCCUCCAACCCCCUUCGGAGUUCCCACUAAUCCGCUGUCUCUUUAUUCUCGGUCGAAAUUCAAACUAAACUCAAACCGAUCUUCAAACUCAUUCGCGCUAACAUCCAUCAAACAACCAACCUCAACCAAAUACCGUAUCCGAAUCCGCCUCCGAUUCCGCAUCCGAAUCCCAAACAGAGGCAACAGCCUGCGACGGGUGAAGAACGGCAACAAGUGGCGGGCCCGGGAGAUCUCGCUGGACCAGAAGCCUGGCUCGAAUGCCAUCAACCGACUGUCGGCGAAUCUGACCACGGCGGACGUGAGUCCGGCUCUAAUCGCCCAGGCCAACUGGACGUUUGUGGAGCGACUGCUGAAGGAUAUAAAAUCGAAGACCAAGCGGAUGCUGCUGGAAAAAAUGGGUAACGAGGCGGUGGCGUUGGGCCUCAAAGGCGACGGCAUUGAGGAGAACACCUUGAUAGCCAGCAUGUGCGAUUUGCUGGAGAAGAUCUGGUCGCACGGCCUGCAGAACAAGCAGGGAAAAUCCGCUCUGUGGGCCCAUUUGCAGGCCUAUCUCGAGAUGCAGGAGGCCCGAGGUGCUGGCGACAGCUCAGGAACAGAGCAGACGCCGCCGGUGUCCAGCAGUCCGGGCGGCAAGAUGACCAUAGCCACAGCAUCGCCCGCUCUGGCCUGGAACGCAAUGCGCAAGCGCAUGGACUAUCUCUCCACAUUCCAAACGGACUUCGACAGCCCGCCCAGUCCGAAUCGCAGUCGCUCGCGAGAUCGAAACAAAUUCGUGGGCCUGGAGCAGCUGUGCCCACUUCCCGAGUCGCUGGAGUUCGAUGUGAAAAAUGUGCUGGCCAUGGCGGAUAUCAAGACGCAUAUUGGCUAUACCCGCGCCUGGGUUCGCCUGUCGCUGGAGAAGAAGCUGCUGUCCAGGCACUUUCGUACCCUGCUCUCCGAUGAGGCUCUGCUGCGAUCUCUGUACAAGCGAUCGGCCUUCUUGCGCUGCGAGGAGGAGAAGGAACAGUUUCUCUACCAUCUGCUCACUUUGAACACGGUGGACUACUUCAGCUUUACCAACAUAUACCCCACGACGAAGCUGCCCUACCGCGUCGUGAUCUUCCCCUCCCGCAAGUACGGCUCCUACCACACCUCCAGCAAUGUCUGGAUCAUGGUCUCGGGCACCAUGAACGAAACGCAACGGGUGCCCGUGCCGAAGGGAUCCUUGGAGUUCAUAUUCCAUUACAAGAACCUUGGCCUACUGACAACCAUGCGCAUUGGACACGACAACUCGGGACCCAGCCACAAGUGGCUGGUUGAGCAGGUGGUGAUGCGCAAUGAGGUCACCGGCCACACCUACAAAUUCCCUUGUGGGCGCUGGCUGGGCCGUGGCGUGGAUGACGAUUCCACGGAGCGACUGCUGGUGGGCCAACGUGUUUUGACGAACGCGAAGAAUGCAGAGUUAGUUCCUGGAUCUGAUACGCGCACCCCUCCACGGACGCGGAGCCCCAGUGUGCAGCGCCAGGAGACACUGGCACCAUCAGAGAUUCAACACCAGCUGGGCAACUGCGUCAACGUGCUGGUCAAAUGGCAUUAUAAGCCCAGCCGGGAUCGGGAUGUGGGCACCCUGACCAACCUGCUGUGCGGGGACGAUGGUUUGGUCAAGUGUCUGGAGCAGGUCUUCCUCUGCGGCUUCCGGUCGGCGCGAUUCUUUGGACGAAAUCUGUACAUCUGGGACUAUUUCACCAAAAUCAAGGAGCUGUUUGAACACAAUCUGCAGAUGGAGCUGGAGGACUCAUCCUCAAGCCUAGACUCCUCGUUUAGCAAUGGAAGCGGCAGCGGAGGAAACAGCCUGCAACGUCGGGAAAUCUCCAGCAUUUGGCGUCUGUACGUACAGCUUAUGGACGAGAUCAACGGCACGGCACUCGGCAAGGACGGCAAGUUCCAGCUGCUUAUCUGCUUGAGCUUGCGGGAGCACCUGCUGACGCGUCUGAUAAAGCCAAUGGCCUUGACCAAGGUGACGCACGAGAUGUACGAGGAGGAGAGCUUCCUUAGGCGUCGCAACCUCCUCACCUUUCUCAUCCAAAUCCUGGAGCCGCUGGACGACUGCCACAUCGUGCUGGAAAACUCAAUCACACAGGGCAUUCGCAUCGCGUCCCAAUGCUGAGGAUCGGAUGCAAUACCUAACGCUCCCACUGCAAUACUCAUGCCACAUCUCACCCACGGACAUUUGCAACCAGUGACCUAGAGAAUACUCACAUACAUAUGCUCUUGAGGAAUCUCGGAACUCUCGAAUUCGUUGUUAGCUUUUAAUGCGAAGCGGAGGAACUCCUGCCCCUAUUACACCUAUUUCUAGUUCUAACUAUAAUCCCAAGCCUAGCCACUAACCACUUGCCAUUCGACCCUUCGACAGCUUGCCAAGAAACAGAGUCAAACGCUGAACGUUUUAGGGUAAUGGAUGCCAGUCCCGGGAACACUGAAGCCAAAGUUGAACAAAAUUCCUUGUCAUCGACGCAAUCGAAUUUUAAAGACAUUUACUGUGCAAUUAAGACGUUUACUAUAACAAAUUCUAAAAUGUUGUUCAAAAAUCUCCAUAUAUUUGAAACGUAUGCGUGUGUGUAGCUUAGUAGAUAAGGUGUCCCAAUCCGAAACCAAAUCCAGUCAAUUAUCCUGAGUUCCAUUAUCAACAGUAGCUUUUAGUUUAGUUGAUUUUACCAAAGAAUCUUUGUUUUUUAUAACGACCAACUUAUGGCGUACAUAUUUUUUGUAUAUUAUUAUAUUUUGGUACUUGAGUGAGUGAAAUGAGAUUAACCCAAAGGUGUUUAUGUUAUAAUCAAGCUUUAUUUUUACACUUUAGCCAAACACGUUUGCAGACACUACCUUAAGACCCUGAAAGUCAAUAAAUACAAAUACGC